AUGAAGGGUCAAGAGCCCCGUUCAAGCUCUUCUUGUGCAGCCUGCAAGUUCUUGAAGAGGAGGUGCACUCCAAACUGUCAAUUUGCACCCUAUUUCCGAGCCGACGAGCUGAAAAAAUUCGCCAAGGUUCAUAAGGUGUUUGGAGCUAGCAAUGUCAGCAAAAUUCUGAACGAGGUGCCUGAGGAACAGCGCGAAGACACGGUGAAUUCGCUGGUGUAUGAGGCCGACGUGAGGCUGAGAGACCCGGUCUAUGGGUGCAUUGGUGCCAUUGCUUCGCUGCAGAGGAAGAUGGUUGAGCUCCAACAUGAUCUGCUUGUUGCUAGAGCUCAUCUUGCUCAUUAUGCUGCUAGGAACACUUUGUUCAUGGAUGAUCAAUUGAGUACUGCUGGUUUUGCUGAGCUGCAGGUUUGCAAUGGCCUCUUUGAGAAUUUGAAUCAGAAUUCUUUGGAUCAGAGUGGAUCUUUCAUUGAAUUUAGCCAAGUCCCAUUUCCAUGA